AUGGUGGCGUGCGGCCUUGCCUGCUGGAGGUGCCGGUGGCUCUUACCCCUGCUGCUGGGCCUGGCCAUCAUCAUGGGCAUCAUCGCCCUGGCGGGCAGGGGCUGGCUGGAGUCCGAGUCCGAGCCCUACGUGCAGCAAGCAUCGCUCUGGGAGAGCUGCACCCGGGGCCUGGAGGACCUCAACUGGAGCUGCGAAUCCCUCAUGGACUACG